UGAAACUCUAGUGGCUGGCGUCAGGGCAGAGCGUGAGGAGAGCCGGCGUUAGCGGGGCUGCUCGCUCCCCGGCUGGACCGUCCAACCUAGCCGAGCUGACUGGACUCUCCGACGGGCCCCAGCUCCGAACCUGCAGCAGCUUGGGUUCCGAACCCGACCGGAACGGAGCCCGAGUCUCGGCCCCUGAGGGAAUCGCUCUUUGCAGACCAGUGGGACCCCGAAACUUGAACGCAGUCCCAAAACCUCUUUUUAUGCCUUCUUUUGUCACUCCUCCAGCUUUCUCCCAAAGCGUUCUUUUUUCCCCCCCGUUUUCACUUUUCCUCCCCCGAAGGAAACAAAAGUGGCUUCCGCGGAAAGAUUUGGAGGCUGUGGAAGAUUUUCUCUUUGGAGAGCGACAGUGAGGAAAGAUUUCUGGAAAGCCGUUUUUUAACUCCUCCGCUCUCCGUCCCCAAGCCUCUCUGUACCCCUCGGAGGAGAAAAGCCCGUAGCUUGGAAGUUCGGGGGGCAUUUUGCUGGGUGCUGUUGGAGAAGAGGGGGAGGACCUGUCCUCGUCCUGGUAGUUGGCUGGACUUGUACCGGCCGUUGGAAACCCCGAAGUACCUUUCCGAGUGGAACUUUUACAGAUAUUUAUUUUUAGAUUUUUAAAUAUCAGAUAGGAAAAAAAGAGAAACAUAUAUGCUUUCUAUAUAUUUCCUGACGACCUGCCCCUGACAGCGCGAUGUACAAUACGGUGUGGAGUAUGGAUCGCGAUGACGCAGACUGGAGGGAGGUGAUGAUGCCCUAUUCGACAGAACUGAUAUUUUAUAUUGAAAUGGAUCCUCCAGCUCUUCCACCAAAGCCACCUAAGCCAAUGACUUCAGCAGUUUCAAAUGGAAUGAAGGAGAAUUCUGUUUCUCUUCAGGAUGCAGAAUGGUACUGGGGAGAUAUUUCAAGGGAGGAGGUAAAUGACAAAUUACGAGACAUGCCAGAUGGUACCUUCUUGGUUCGAGAUGCCUCAACAAAGAUGCAGGGAGAUUAUACCCUGACUUUGCGGAAGGGAGGCAAUAAUAAGUUGAUAAAGAUCUAUCAUCGGGAUGGUAAAUAUGGCUUUUCUGAUCCUCUGACAUUUACUUCUGUGGUGGAGCUUAUUAACCACUAUCAUCAUGAAUCUCUUGCUCAGUACAAUCCCAAACUGGAUGUGAAGCUGAUGUACCCAGUGUCCAGAUACCAGCAGGAUCAAUUGGUUAAAGAAGAUAACAUUGAUGCAGUAGGUAAAAAACUGCAAGAAUACCAUUCUCAGUAUCAGGAAAAGAGUAAAGAGUAUGAUAGGCUGUAUGAAGAAUAUACCAGAACAUCCCAGGAAAUACAGAUGAAGAGGACUGCAAUUGAAGCUUUUAAUGAAACAAUUAAAAUAUUUGAGGAACAGUGUCACACACAAGAACAACAUAGCAAAGAGUAUAUAGAACGGUUUCGCAGAGAAGGGAAUGAAAAGGAGAUUGAACGGAUUAUGAUGAAUUAUGAUAAAUUGAAAUCACGUCUGGGUGAGAUUCAUGAUAGCAAAAUGCGUCUAGAGCAAGAUUUGAAGAAACAGGCUUUGGACAACCGAGAAAUAGAUAAAAAAAUGAAUAGCAUCAAACCUGACCUGAUCCAGCUGCGCAAGAUCCGAGAUCAGCACCUUGUAUGGCUCAAUCACAAAGGAGUGAGACAGAAACGCCUGAAUGCCUGGCUGGGGAUCAAGAAUGAGGAUGCUGAUGAGACCUACUUUAUCAAUGAGGAAGAUGAAAACCUGCCCCAUUAUGAUGAGAAAACCUGGUUUGUCGAGGAUAUCAAUCGAGUACAAGCAGAAGACUUACUCUAUGGGAAACCUGAUGGUGCAUUUUUAAUUCGUGAGAGUAGCAAGAAAGGAUGCUACGCUUGCUCUGUCGUUGCCGACGGGGAAGUGAAGCACUGUGUGAUCUACAACACUGCCCGGGGCUACGGCUUUGCAGAGCCCUACAACCUGUACAGCUCGCUGAAGGAGCUGGUGCUCCACUACCAGCAGACAUCCCUGGUUCAGCACAACGACUCCCUCAACGUCAGGCUUGCCUACCCUGUCCACGCACAGAUGCCGUCGCUCUGCAGAUAAAGGGGGAGCAAGCAGAGAGGUGGCUCUCUAGCAUUUUUUUCUACAGUUUUUAUUAGACUACGAUGAGGGCAUUCUUUCUACGUAGACUGCUUGUUUUGCACAAGAAGUGAUUCUGUGAAUGUGAAGUGGAGAGGCCGAACAGCAGCCGGCCGGGAUGGGGGCUCUAGGGGCCUGGGGUUCUCUGGGACUCAGCCGUGCCUCUGCACUGACAUACUAAGCUGGAAGCCGAUGUUCUUUUUGGAAAGUCUAUUUCAUUGGGGUUUUCGUUUUGUUUAGCCAGGCACCCUCAACAGAACAUUGUAGGUUUGAUGGGGGAAGGGGGUUCGUAUUUGCAAGCCUGUGAAGAGUCUAUGUUCUCUGGUCUUCAGCUCUGAGAAUGCAGCAGGGGCGUGGCUCUGUUGGGAGUCGGUGUGCUCCGGCGGUCUUUCUUCCUCGUUUGGUUCUGUGGUAGAAUGGGAUUGAUGAAAAAGACAACCAAAGGAAAAUGGGGAGGCUUGGGAUUUUGUGUAAAGAAUCUAAGCCACGGGGUAAAAAACCUUCAGUUGAAGGACUUCAUUUCUUACUAGCAUAAUUUAGGCCUCAGCAUCUGACUCGUUCCUCCCUAUACAGAAGCAUUAUUCAGAAGCCAGUUAAACAGUGUUUGCUGCCACACCGAGAGCUGAUAGGAGACGGAGGCACUAGGAGCUGAAUGCACACACCUGUACCAAAACUUGAAAAUAAAAAAGAAGCUAGACUUUGAGUUUUAGCCGACACUAAAAUUGGUCAGUGUGGCUCCUCCUGCCUUGCCCUUGAUUCUCAGAGAUGAGGACUAGCAUUCUUUUUGUGGGGAUGGUGAGCUAUGAAGUUGGUGCUUGUGUGGUGUUUCCUUAGCCUAAAGAAUGAUCUGUUGUUUGAACCUUUGUAACUUGUUUGUAUGAGUAAAGAAAAGGUGCAAUCCAGUGCUUUUAGAUGGCUUGAUAUACCAAAUAAUGACAUAGAACAACAUUCUUACAUGUGCUUCCCCAAGGUUAAAAGCCCUGCAGAAACAGUAAACAUGGUUUCAUUUCCCUUCAUCCCCCCUCCUUUGCUGGGUAGGACUUAGGUGGCUAGGAGGGGAGUAAGAUUGUGGUCAGGGACCUCAGGACGUCACCGACCCAGGGCCCUGGUGUCCAGGGUGAGGGUCAUAACCACGUUACACAUGUGCUUCCACCCAGUGGUUUCUGAAGCUUUUGCAGGGAGAGGAUGGGCUGGUUUGGGAGUUUAGACUGUUAGUAGAAGCCAUCUGGAAGCUUUCUCUCUGCCUUUUUUGUGCUCCUGCCAUUAAGGCAAUGUGCACAGUCUGCCCUCAUGCUCCAGGGGCCCUGAUUUUAGGCCAGGAAUCUUCUGCUCCAUGUGGUUUGAGCCUUCCAGCUGAGUGAAGCCAGGCAAGUGGAAUGGGAGACAGGCAUCUCGUCCUGCCUCCAUGAUGCCCCACACCCAUCAGUCAACACUCAUUUGACAGACAGAGUCCAGCUGCCUCUGAGCCAGUCCUGCAGCCAUAAUCGGCUUAGAGUGACUCAGCUGUUUGAGCCCCACAUUGUGCAGUCAGGCAUCCUGGCUGAGCUGGAGAAGCAGCCAGUACCUGGGACUCGGUUCGUAAAGCUUACAGCUAGGCAAGCCCAGGUUCUAAGGGUGAAAGAGAUUAGUUCCUAUGAGCACUCAUCUUGGUGACAGGGUCUGGGAUGGGCCAUGGAAUAGACAAAGACUCAGAUUAAAAUUUUGGAAAAAUCCUCCAGAACUACUAGCAAUGUGGGUGUAUCAUUGGCUCUUCCUUGGUUAUGUUGCUCGAGACAAGAGAUGAAUGAAACCUCAUUCAGUGUCACUGUUCUGAUUCAAACCCUUACCUCACAGCCAUCAUGUCCCUUCCCCAACUGCCAGAUUAAAAUCUUGCUGGAAGUUUUACUGAGAACUGCCUGGCCAUGGCUGCUGGGCACACCUGGACGGAUCCCAUCUGGUGUUAAACCUGCUUAAGCAGUUAGAUGCUCAAGACUAGGUGUGAGGACUCCCUCCUAUCUGCUACUAACAUUUUGGUGUGUUCUGAAUGUCUUUUAAAAUGAACCAGAAUGGGGGUGAGGGUUCAUACCUGUAGUAUGAACGUGUCUGCUCCUCACUGGGCAAAGGGGUGAGGGAGAAAGCGAGCGCCAUCAUAGGACCCGUACCUGGGCUGGCCUGUGGAGAAGGGCUUUGUUUUCAGUCCUGCAUUCCUUGACUUUUUCUUUGCUGUUUUUUGUUCUUGGAUUCACUGCUUUGUGGGAGCUGAGAUCCUGGGAUCAUUUAAGGAGUUGGAAGGUAUCUUUUCCGAUCACUUGCCACAUGAUUUGCCUGAUCCUGAGCCAGUGGAAACAGCACAGGAAGCAGUUUACUACCCACUGGGCACAGUGUACAUAGAGGGGUCUGCGCUGCUCCUUUGCUUCAGGGCUUGGGGAGCAGGUCUUGGCUUCCUUCAUAGGUGAGUUCUGUGUCCUGCCCCACGAUCUGGGCCCUAGGACUCUCUUGGCACCUUAACUGCGGUCUCACUGAGGCAGAGGGUAAGGAGACAGACCAAGGCCGGGGGGUGGGGGGGAAUCAUUAUUCCCCUGGCUAGAGAAGCCAGCCACCAACGUGAGAGCUACUUGGGGCUGGCUGGACACAGGUUCUAGGCCCAUGUCUUCCAGGUGGAGCUUUCAUCACAGACAAUGCUCUGUCUCUGCCUGGCCGCAGAUGCCAAACCUGGCCUAUGACUCAGGCCUGGAUAGGCUGCCUGUGUCCUUACCACCGCCAUGGCUGAGGAUGAGACUUCCUUGCACCUCCACUCCCUCUCCAAGCCUUCAUGGGAUCUCCCACUUACUUUGGACCUCAUAUUUCCUGAAGAAGCCAGGGUGGUAUCUCCCAUGGGUCUCCUUUCUUACUAAGGAACCAGCCUCAUAUGUUCUUGAGUCAAGAGUUGCAUCUGGGCAAUUCCUUAUUUCUAAGGUGGUCUCUGCUGUCAGUUAAGACCCCAGCGUAGGCCUCUUUGAGGCUUCAGUGACCUCAGAAACCAGGGGCCCAGAUGAGGUCUGCCUGGGCCCCCGCUGCCAACUGCUCAGCCUUGCUUUAGCCCCAGCCACUUGUGACAAACAACCUUGUUUCCUUCCAAAUUUCAGCAUGUGACUUUGGUGCCCUGUUGUUACUUGUGAAAAACUAUUCUUCCGUUGUCUUUGAUGUAGUCAAAACAAUUCAUGUAGUUUACGUAAAUAUCAGAUUCACAAGGAAGCCAACUGUAUGUCUUGUGUUGGGGCAGUUCAUAAUGUAGUUCCUAGACCACUUUUGCAAAUUGUUCUCGUCACCAGAUGUGUUCAGACAUUGCUGUGCAGUUGUGGGGGAGGGUGGGGGGAAGGUAAGGGGAGAUACUUUUGAGUCUUUGUUUUUUACCUUCCCCAAGAGGGGACAGUCUGGCCAACUUGCUCCAGUAAUGCAAUAAAGUCGUUGCAA